AAGACAAGACCAUAAAGAUUACUCAUAGAUUAAAGUAGGGUUUGGACGUCUGCCUGUCCAUUUCGGCGUCUGUUCUUAGCGGCCGACAAGCGGAAUCUGGAUCAAGUCCCCUGCUUCAACCCAUCCCCUCUCAUCGAUUCAUUGCCACAAGGCAGCUGAUUGCUCACAGCGUUGGAUGUGAGAAUUGGAUUCGGACCCACCGAUCGAUAUGCCGUUCGGCCACACGCGGCUCGAUGUCCGGCGUCCGCCGCAGUCGUCCUACCUCUGCUGCUCCACAACCACCGUCGCCGUAUUCGUCGCGCUCUGCCUGGUGGCUGUGUGGAUGGCGUCGUCCAUGCUCGUCACCCCUGCCGAGUUCCCUCCAUUUCAGUCCAAAGUGCGUCCACUGAGGCCUCAUGACUCUCCUCCUGCCACCGGAAGCUUAACCAGUGCUGAUCAGGGCGAUGGCAUCACCACCCAUGAUGAUCCACCACCUGCUACACAACAAUUGCCUCCUGUAACAGACAGCAUGGAUGGUGAAAAUCAGCAACAAGAACUUUUCACUACAGAGCGCGGACCAUGGUCAACCAAGGCUGAACAAUCUAACAAGGACGCUAAAGAGCAAACCUUGACGUCCAGUAGCCCACUGAGCUUCCGUUGGGCGUUAUGCAACGUCGAUGCUGGAGCAGAUUAUAUUCCAUGCCUCGACAACGUAGCAGCUAUCAAGAAGCUCCGUUCCACCAAGCACUACGAACACCGAGAAAGGCAUUGCCCCGAGAAAUCUCCUACCUGCCUUGUUCCUCUACCAGAGGGCUACAGGAAUCCAAUUAGGUGGCCAAAGAGCAGAGAUCAGAUAUGGUACAAUAACGUUCCUCAUACUAAGCUGGUUGAAUACAAGGGACACCAAAACUGGGUUAAGGUUUCUGGAGAAUACCUCACCUUCCCCGGAGGCGGGACUCAGUUUAAACAUGGUGCGUUGCGCUACAUUGAUUUUAUUCAGGAGGCAAAGAAGGAUGUAGCAUGGGGAAAACGAAGCCGUGUAGUGUUAGAUGUUGGUUGUGGAGUAGCUAGCUUUGGAGGAUAUCUAUUUGACAGAGAUGUGAUUACUAUGUCAUUUGCACCUAAAGAUGAGCACGAAGCUCAGGUUCAGUUUGCUCUUGAAAGAGGAAUACCUGCUAUAUCAGCUGUCAUGGGUACAAAAAGGCUCCCAUUUCCCAGUAGGGUGUUUGAUGUUGUUCAUUGUGCACGAUGUAGGGUACCGUGGCAUAUUGAAGGCGGUAAACUCUUGCUUGAACUGGACAGACUGUUACGUCCUGGUGGUUACUUUGUGUGGUCUGCUACACCCGUAUACCAGAAGCUGCCUGAAGAUGUUGAGAUAUGGCAAGCCAUGUCUGCUCUAACCAGUUCAAUGUGCUGGAAAAUGGUCAACAAAGUAAAGGAUAGGGUGAAUAGAGUGGGUAUAGCAAUUUACAGAAAGCCAACAGACAACAGCUGCUACGAAGCAAGAUCUGAAACAAACCCUCCACUCUGUGGAGAGUACGACGAUCCUGAUGCUGCCUGGAACAUAUCGUUGGGGGCUUGUAUGCAUAAGUUGCCUGUAGAUCCUACCGUUCGUGGUUCACAGUGGCCUGAGUUAUGGCCAUUGAGACUGGAGAAACCACCUUAUUGGCUGAGAGGUUCUGAGGCUGGAGUAUAUGGGAAACCUGCCCCGGAGGAUUUUCAAGCAGACUAUGAACACUGGAAGCGAGUCGUGAGCAAUUCAUACAUGAAUGGUUUGGGUAUUGACUGGUCUACUGUUAGAAAUGUUAUGGAUAUGAAAGCCGUAUAUGCAGGGUUCGCAGCAGCUUUGCGCGAUCUCAAGGUGUGGGUCAUGAAUGUGGUUCCAAUUGAUUCACCUGACACGCUUCCAAUUAUAUAUGAGCGCGGGCUGUUUGGACUGUACCAUGACUGGUGUGAGUCGUUUAGCACCUAUCCGAGAACUUAUGAUCUUGUGCACGCCAACCAUCUGUUCUCCAAGGUUAAGAAGAGGUGCGAGCUAUUACCUGUUAUCGUGGAGGUGGACCGGGUGUUGAGGCCACAAGGCCGGCUAAUUGUCAGAGACAACAUUGAAACAACAAGUGAGGUGGAGAACAUUCUGAAAUCUCUCCACUGGGAGGUCCGCAUGUCUUACUUCCAGGAGAAAGAAGGCUUGCUGUUGGUGCAGAAGACGACAUGGCGGCCAAAUGAAACUGAAGCUAAGCUAUGAUGCAGAGCCCUUGCCCCUUGGAAGGAGGAAAGGAAGAUCUAGUGUUUGCAAGGUCCUCUACUUUUGUGAGGCAUCUUUUAUUUAUGUAGAAUUUGUAGAGCUAUAUGAUUGGUAGAUGUGGAGGAAUCUGGUGGUUUCCAGCAUAUCCAUAUUCAUCUGUGGAAGU